AUGCGUGGCGCACGACUCCCGUACUCGCGAACGGCCCUGGACAUCCAUAAGAGUAAAAGCACUGACGACGCAGGUAUCGGCGCAUUACAGUCGUGUAGCCCGUCAACAUUCACACACAUUGAUCUAUUCGGCUCGCAGGUCAUCUCCAUCGCUGCUAACAUCGUCACCAACUACACGAAAACGGCACCACACCGAGAGACGGUCCACCAUCCAACCAUUGAGGUGAAGAACGCAACAUUCUGCAAUGUUACGGUGACUUAUACGCAUCCUGGGCAAGGAGAUGUUAUCAAUGUCGAAACAUGGCUUCCAAUCGGCGACUGGAACCAGCGCCUCCUUGCCGUGGGCGGAGGCGGAUACGCCGCGGGCCGCUUCGUAUACUCUGAAUUGGCCAUGGCCGCAGCACUGGGCCAAGGAUUUGCGACUGUCACUACGGACGCGGGCCUAGGAGAAUCAGUUUUGGCACACGAUUGGGCACUAUUAAGCCCCGGAAACGUGAACCUAUACAAGCUUCAUAAUCUCGCCUCUCGGUCUCUUCAUGAUGAGUCGAUUAUUGCCAAGUCUGUUAUUAAGAAGUUUUAUGGAAAAGCACCAGAGUAUUCAUACUGGAGUGGCUGCUCGCAAGGAGGAAGACAAGGCCUCAUGCUCGCCCAGAGAUAUCCCAGCGCUUAUGAUGGUAUUGUUGCCACGGCCCCAGCUCUCAACUGGGGGGAGCUGGUGCCUGGUUUCUUCUGGCCACAGGUAAUUAUGAACGAGCUGGGGGAGUAUCCAGCUCCAUGUGAGUUGAGCUAUCUAGCAGAAGCCGCUGUGGGGGCUUGUGACGGUCUUGAUGGUGUCGUCGACGGAGUCAUAUCACACAUGGACAAAUGCGAAGCCUCGUUUGACUCGUUUAGCUACGUAGGUACAGAGCUCGAGUGUUCUGAACUGGGACGCUCCAUCAAGCUCAGCCGAGCCGCUGCAGUCGUAGCUAAUGCGACUUGGUCUGGCCCGCGAGGAUCUGACGGCAACUUCCUUUGGUAUGGUAUUGGUUAUGGAUCGAGUUUUCAAGAGGCUUUCGGUGCGGGCGUUGCAACGACUCAAUGUAGCCAAGGAAAGUGCGUGGGUGUUCCAUCAUUGCUAGGAACGCAGUGGUUGCAGUUGUUCGUGGAGAAGAAUCCGGCCUUUGACGUCAAGGAGGUAACGCGAACGGAUUUUGAGAGACUAUUUCACACUUCAGUGUUAGAAUACUCGACUGUUUUAGGCACUAGGGAUCCGGACCUGUCUGCCUUUCGUAACAGAGGCGGCAAGAUUCUCAGCUUCCACGGUUUGAACGAUCAAUUAAUCCCGUACAAGGGCACUGACCAAUAUUAUGACUCAGUGUUAAGACAUGCACCAGCUGCACGCGAUUUUUAUCGCUACUUUCACAUUCCAGGAUAUGGGCACUGCGCUGGAGGGAACCAUGCCUCGCCAAUGACGGGAUUUUCCCAGCUCCGCGCAUGGGUUGAGCAGGGUAAGGCUCCAGAGACAGUGAAAAUUCAGUUUAAAAACGCCCAAGGCAAGGAGUUUCAUAGGCUGCUAUGCCCGUAUCCUCAGCAAGCACAUUUCAAUGGUGGAGACUCGACAAAGGCAAAUAGUUUUGUUUGUCGGUAG